AUGGCGGGAGCGUUCCUGAUGGAGAUCAGGCGGGGGACGCAGAGCGCGCUGCUGGUUAUCCGCGCGGCGGCGGAGCUCCCCAGCGCGCCGGUGGAGGUUUCGGUGUGCGCGGAUUCCCUGGAAGUGAGGAGCGGCGGGAGCUGCGGUGCGGCGGCGCUGCCGGCAGGGGUCAGGCUGGCGCCGUCCUCGUGCCGCGGGCUCCGGCGCCUGCGCGGGGACGGACUGCACCUGCGCGUGCGCCUGCGCUGCCCGCCGCCCGCCGCCGAUGUGGUUUUUACCUUGAGGGAAAGCCUGAAACCCAACAAGAAUUAUAUCUUUUACUGUCAGUCCUGUGGUGACAUCGUGGUGAAAGACCGGAAAUUUCUCAGAGUUCUUCCUCUACCAAGUGAAGACUGGAGUGAUUUAGUUGAAGAGUGGUGUUGUCACCCUGACCCCUUUGCCAAAAGCACUUUGCACCCUCAGCAUGGAGACUGUUUUGUCGGAGACACAUUUUUCCUGUUGAAUUCAGGAAAUGAAUCACAUGUGCCUGAAUCUCCCAUGUGCUGCUCAGAGGCUGGACGCCAUGUUUCGCAGAGUGGCUCCAACUUGAAGUCAAAAGAAAAUGCCCGAGUAAUUUGUAAGCGCUGCAAGGCAAUCCUGGGAGAAACAGUUUCAUCAGAUACCAUUAAAUAUUAUGUCACUGAGGUGAUUAUUCAACCAACCGAGGGAGAUUUCAGUCCAACACCAAGGUCUCAAUUUGUACAGAGCAUAGUUGCUCAGUGUCUUUUGGAAUUAUCCUCUGCUAAAAGCACAUAUAGAUUCACCAUAAAAGGAGAUAAUGGAAAAACCUAUAUUCUGAUAUGGCUUUUAAAUUCUGACACAUUGCUGGUAGAGUCUUUAGAAAGUUCUUCCUCCCACAGUGAUUUUACACUGUUUGGAGAUACCCUCACACGUAGCUCUGGACCAGUGGGAACCUGGAAUGCUGUUAAAGUCCUUUACCAGCCAUGCAUUCAAUGCAGAAAUGAGGAGCUUGCUGAUGCAUGGGAAAAUGAUAUGGGAGUUCAUCCUUUAAAGUUUCCAUCAGAAACAUGUUUGGAAUUAUUGCUGAUACUGGGUUCGAGUACCAAAUCUCUGCCACCUUCACUUCGAUGCAUGAACUCUUUUCAGGUUGCCUUUUUGAAGAUGUGAAGAACGAAGUUACCUGUGUUGAAAACUAUUGUUAGAUUAAACUAUUGUUAGAUUUAUUUUCAGCAGAAAUGUGUGCAGAUAACUUCCACUGGUGUGACUGCUAGAAGAAAAUCCCCUGGCAAUACAAAAGAAAAUGGGGUGGGGUGGCUGGGUGUGUUCUUCAUAUCUGAAUGUGUUUCAAAACCAAAGACUUUUGUAUGCGGUGCAUUCACUCCUAUGACAUCCAGCUGGGAUGACUAUUGUGAUGUCUUCACUGCCAAAAAGAAAUUCCCUGUGUAUCUUGUACUGCCUUUACCAGUCUUUGAUAGCAAUGUAUAUAUCCUUAGGAAAGUUCACAACUGGUAGCAAAUAUUUUAA